GUUAAGUGCCGUAUUCCGGUGAGACGUGGUGGUGCACGUGUGGAUAUCUACAGAGUUUAGCCGCACUGAGAGUGAGCGGUAGGAGUUUAUCUCGUCCAAAUUCAAGCAAACGAUACGGAUUCUCCAGUAUUUGUCGAUUUGGCUAGCUGGGUGACAGGAAGUGGUGUCAGAGAUGGGCAGGAAGUUGGACCCCACGAACAAGGUGAAGCGCGGCCCAGGGCGCAAAUCAAGGAAACAGAAAGGGGCCGAGACGGAGAUCCCCAAAUUCCUGCAGGACGAUGACGAAGGACCGAAAAGACUUUCCAGUCGAGGGCGAAAAAGGGCAGGGAAACGGGUUUUCCAGAAGAAAAACAAAAUGGAGACUGAACGGAAAGACUUGCCAGCGUGCAAAACCCCCACUGCAAACCAGGACAAAGCGGUGCCCAAGAAAGGUUUCAGUGACAACAACGCAGAGUGGCUGAGACCGGCCAAGCGCAAGAGAGCAGCUGGAGAAGAGGAGGAGGAGGAGAGUGACUCUGAGGGAGAGGGGGAGUGGAAGAAUGAAGAGGGAGAGUCUUCAGAGGAGGAAAUGGUGGAUGAUUACGGAGCCGAAGAGGGGGAAGGUGAAAGUGAGAAGAUAGGAGGAGGAGAGUUAUGGAGUGCAGAAGAGGAGUCUUCUGAGGAAGAGGAGGAAGGAGAUGAGGAUUCUGAGCUUUUACCUAUCGAGCGAGCUGCAGAGCGACAGAAGAAACGAGCGCUGCUGGAGAAAGAGAGAGGAGAGAGGGAAGAAGAGAGCGAGGAAGAGAAGGUGGAAGAGGAAGACGAUCUUCAACUCAACAUCGAGGAGCUUGAGAAGUUCACCCUGCCCAGCGGACAGGAGAUUGAGAAGGAGAGCGUCCAGCCCCCCGACCUGCAAGUGGUGCACCAGCGAAUCAAAGACAAUGUGGAGGUGCUCGGGGACUUCAGCAAGAAGAGGGAGGAGGGGAGAGAGAGGGAGGACUACCUGAGGCUGCUGAAGCACGACCUGGCCAUGUACUACAGCUACAACACCUUCCUCAUCGACAAGCUCAUGGAGCUCUUCACAGUGUCUGAGCUGGUGGAUUUCCUGGAGGCCAAUGAGGUGCAGCGACCUGUGACAAUUCGAACCAAUACUCUGAAGACAAGGAGGCGGGACUUGGCUCAGGCACUCAUUAACCGCGGGGUGAAUCUGGACCCCCUAGGGAAGUGGUCCAAGGUUGGGCUGGUGAUCUUCGAUUCCUCUGUGCCUGUCGGUGCGACCCCGGAGUACCUGGCUGGUCACUACAUGCUGCAGGGCGCCUCCAGCUUGCUCCCUGUCAUGGCCCUUGCGCCACAGGAGAACGAGAAGGUGCUGGACAUGAGUGCCGCUCCCGGGGGCAAGACCAGCUACAUGGCCCAGCUGAUGAAGAACACUGGGGUGAUCCUGGCUAACGAUGCCAACGCAGACCGGCUGAAGAGUGUGGUGGGAAACUUGCACCGACUGGGUAUCACAAACAGCGUGGUGUGCAACUACGACGGGAGAGAGUUCCCCAAGGUGAUGGGAGGUUUCGAUCGAGUUCUUUUGGACGCUCCUUGCAGUGGAACGGGAGUCAUUUCAAAGGACCCGGCCAUCAAAACUAGUAAGGAUGAGAAGGAUAUCCUCCGCUGUGCUCACUUACAGAAGGAGCUGAUCCUCUCCGCCAUCGACUCCCUGGAUGCUUCCUCAGAGACGGGGGGCUAUGUGGUGUACUGUACCUGCUCUGUCAUGGUGGAGGAGAACGAGUGGGUCGUGGAUUACGCUCUGAAGAAACGAAAUGUGAAGCUGGUCCAAACCGGUCUAGAUUUUGGAAAGCAGGGUUUCACCAGGUUUAAGGAGCGUCGUUUCCACCCCUCUCUGAAGCUGACUCGAAGGUUCUAUCCUCACACUCACAACAUGGACGGCUUCUUCGUGGCCAAAUUCAAGAAGUUUUCAAACGCCAUUCCCAAACUCGUCAAGGAAGGAGAGAAGGAUCCUCAGGAGGGGGAAGUGGAGGCCACAGAGAAAAAACACACAACUGACAAAAACACAAAGAACUCAAAAAAACCCAAACAGACCGAUUCCAAACCCGCCACUGCAGCCAGAGAUCAGGGUGCAAAGGUCACCAAGGUCACCAAAGCCAAGGGGGUAGGAAACCAAGACACGAAAGAGAAAAAAGCAAAGAGCAGAGUGACGAAGAAGAGGAGGUUUGAGAAGAAGAGCAACGGCAGGAUGGGAAAGAACAAGUUCAAGAAAUUCAAGAAGCUGAAGACCGUGUGAUCAGUCCUCCAGGAACAGAGCUGGAAUAGAAAUACUAACGAAAUUGAAAUUCAGUGAGAAACGCUUUGACGAGAAGACUUUCUCAGUGUAAAUUGAAUGACAGUUUCAAUGAAGGUAUUGGGAGACUUGUAGUCAGAACAUUUUUCAUGGAAUUUUAGUUUCUUUCAGUAUUUCUAAAUGCAAACCAAACGAAUGAGACAGUCUGAGAAGUCUCUUCAAGUCGCGUUUUCUUGAAUGACCUUUUUACGAUGUUUGGCAUCAUUGUGUGUGGUUCUUAUUAUAGUUACUCGUACUGUUUUAUUUCUUUUUUUGUUUUUAUUGUUUUGCUUUGACAGAGUUCAGGAGCUGCUCUUCCAUUCCAGCUGUCUGCCAUAGACUUAAGUAACAUAGGCUAGAUCAGACCAAAAUGUCUGCUUAGAAGCGAGAGUCAGCGCCAUCUAGUGAUUGGAUCAACUCUCUUAUUUUGCUUGGCAAUACACUAGCUGGUGCUCAUGUUUGCGAAUGUAAACACUAUGGCUGAUCUAGCCUACAUUACAUAUCUGUGGUAGGCAACUAAAAGAGCAGCUCCUGAACUCUGUCAAAGCAACACAGGCAUCUAAUAUCUGAGUCACCCCUAAGAGCCACUCACAAUGAAUGCAGACAGCAUGAACAGGUAAGGUGUCGAGCGCCACACACAAGGACGCUGGAACUAGGGGUGCUGGGGGUGCAGGAGCACCCCCUUGGCUUUGCAUGGCUUCUGUCAUAUGCAGGGGUUACAGUUUUGUUUAAUGGCUUUCUGCGCCCCUACUUUAAAAAUCAUUUCUGUUCCACUUGGCACACACUGAUUUAUUUGAUUAUUCACAUUGAAACUUCCACAGCAAUCAGGUCAGCGUUAUUGGUGGUGUUCAGGAUGAUUUCCUGUUCAGAGUGAAACGAGGUAAGAAAGAGCUGCUUGGGUUUGUGAUGAUCACUUCUUUUGUUAGACUGUGGAGAACAGUGAUCCACAGAAACCCAAGCAGCUGUUUCCUCACUUGCAAUGGUAAAUUAGCCCGAUCAACAGCAUUGUCCCUCGUCUGUGGAGAGUUUGAGCCGGACAAUUGAAUAAUUGUUUUGUGUAGCACGAAGGGACCAUUAAACGAAAUUUUAAAAUAAAUAAGAAAAUGUCACUUGAAGAUGCUUACUCUUUCAAGACUUAAUAAAAACAAAGUGGUCUUGUGUUUGUAGUGUUUUUUCAUUAAAAUUAUUGCACAGCUGUAGUUUAAAGUCUGUUUUGAAGUGUGUCUGAGUCGAGAGGACCAGCUUUUCGACUGGGCGUCGUGGUCAAUGUGUUUUACACUAACAAAGGCAUUGGAGCCAAAGCCAUUGUCUACUGGACUUCAGAGUUCAUUGGAGCAUUUUACAGCACUGCAUGGAAAUCCAAUUGGAUUUCUUCAACCACCUAUCUAUCUGUGACUGUCCCAAGAUUUAACCCUUUCAUGCAUGGUGCCCUCACAUGUAUGCAUGUGUGAUGACCUCAUAUGAGGAUGCUAUUUUUCCCACACACAAAUCAAUGGAAAAUAUUUUCAGUCAAAUUAUAUAUGUCUGGUACUCCUUUGUCAGCUAUUUCUAAUAUAUCAUACAUGAAAGGGUUAACAAAUCGUUUGAUUCGGUGCUGUAAAAUGCACUAAUGAACUCCAGUGGUGCCUCAUCGGGGUGUGUGCAGGCUGGUCAAAUUAACCUUUUACAUUUCUGUAAAGUUUUACCUUUUAAGUGCUUGUUAAACUUUCUCAUUGCCGUCGAAAUUUCCAAAUGUGUGUCCGAUUUGAAACAUGAAGAGCAGUGGCAAACACCUGCCACAUAUGCAGUCCCUAAUAACUUAGGCAAAUUACAUCUGUGUAUUGACAGUGCUAUGGCAGCUGAAUCAGUCCCUUCGUGUACACCAUAUUGACACAAUCCCAUGUGGUCUUACAAUGUCACUUUUAAGAAGCCUCGUGGCAGUUAAAGAAUUAUUAAAUUGUUUUGUGCAAAACAAAUUUUGAUUGAUUUACUUUGUUUUUAUUUUAGGUGUUUUCACACCACCAGGUUUACUGCAAAUAAGUGCUCCAGUUGGAACAUGAAGCUGACUUUAUUGUAUUGUUUCUGAAAAUAAAUCAUUCAUUUCCUCCACUUCAUAAUGUAUGUUGUGGAAAAUAUGGUAUCUUUCUCUGCUCCACUGGCACACAGCAGCUGGAGGCUGUUGAGAAAGUAUAAAAGCCUCCCUUUAUCUUUCUAGUUUCACUUCAAUAAAACUGAUGAAGGCAUUGGAGUCCAAACACUUGUUUGCUUGACUCCGUUUCUUCUAGUUUUGAUAACUUGGAUGAAGGCACCAGCUUGAUAGUUUGAAUGUACAGUAAAAUGAAGACAAGACACCAUUGAUUACUUUUUUGACGUUUAUGUUUGCUUAAUGCUGUCAAGUUAUACAAAUCGUUUUCAUUUUUACAUUUUUUUAUUUCAUUUUAUUGUUUUUAUACAAAAAGUGUACUGCUGCUAAUAUAAUACAGCUGAAAUGUUUUAAGCACCAGAUAUCCUGUUAAUAAAGAUAGUACAGUAACAACACAAA